AUGGAUCCAUCCACAUACACCGAUCCUCAGCUCACCUUCCAGGAUCGAUUGGUGAUCGAUGCCAUCGUGCCCAAGUCCGAUUCAAACGAUCAGGCAACGGCGACGCCGGACAGCCUCACCAAGAAGGAAACUAUUCAGAAGCUUCACCAUCUAAAUGAUCCGUCUCAUGCCGAAUUUGAUCCAACAGUCUUCCAACUCUGGGAUCUGCCUCUGCUGCGGGCCAAGCUGCCCACACCUAUCCAGAAAUAUGUACUGACGCCUUACAUCAACUGGGCGAAAGAUGUCGUACGCGUUCAGACCGAUGUGGUUGUGGUAACACAUCUCAUUCUUUAUUUCACCACCAUUGUGCCCAGUGCCAUAUUGCUAUUCUACCGAUUUUCCUAUCUGCAUGGCUUCGUGCAUUGGUUCAUGCAACUGUUUUACUGCGGUGCAUUCACCCUGAUGAAGCAUCAACAUAUCCACAUGAACGGAGUAUUGUCGUCAAAAUACCACCUAUUCGACACGAUCUUCCCUUACGUGCUUGACCCCAUGCUCGGGCAUACAUGGAACUCCUAUUUCUACCACCACAUCAAGCACCACCAUGUCGAGGGCAAUGGCAAAGAAGAUCUGAGCACGACGAUGUACUAUGACCGCGAUAGUGUCCCUGACUUCCUCUGCUAUGUGGGCCGCUUUGUCUUCUUCAUCUGGUUCGAGCUCCCGAUGUACUUCUUCCGCAAGGGCCAGACAAAGUACGCGUUGCGGUGUGCCUUCUGGGAGUUGAGCAACUAUGUCGCUCUCUACACUCUCUUCAACUAUGUCAAUGCCCGCGCAACAUUGUUCGUGUUCCUGCUUCCCCUUACCGUCAUGCGUUUGGGUUUGAUGGUUGGUAACUGGGGACAACAUGCUUUCGUGGAUCCUUCCGACCCUGAUUCGGAUUAUCUGUCGAGUAUCACCUUGAUUGAUGUUCCGAGUAACCGGUUCUCCUUCAACGAUGGAUACCACACUUCCCACCACCUGAACCCCCGCCGUCACUGGAGAGAUCACCCCGUCGCCUUCCUGACGCAGAAGGAUCGCUAUGCCGAGGAAGACGCUCUGGUAUUCCGGAACGUCGAUUAUAUCUUCAUCACCGUUAACCUAUUAAGAAAGAACUACGAACAUCUCGCAAAGUGUCUGAUCCCCAUUGGUGAUCAGGUCAACAUGACUCUUGACGAGCGGGUGGAGAUGCUACGCCGUCGAACACGGAAAUUUCCAAAGACUUCAUCAAAAAAGACCGAAUAA